AUGAACACUCAACGGGGAGGCAGCAAGAAGCGCAAGGGAGAGUCGCUGGAGGCGGAGAAAUCGCUGUAUUCGACCUUCACCGCAGCCGCCAACUCUGUCAGCCAGCUCUACACCGCAGCCGUUCAGCAGACGAAGCGGGCAGAGGAGCAGGGGGCCAGGCAGGCGCUGGAGCGAGUGGCCCAGUUUGUGGUCAAGGAGUAUGGCAACGCACCCGCCGUGCCCACCGGGGUCCUCAUGGAGGUCCUGCGGCAGGAGCUGCAGGCCGCCCAGUGCGGCACCACGGCCAUCCAGCUGCCCUUCCCGGUACCGCUGCUGCCCACCGGCGGCGGCCUAGGCAGCGAGAGCAGCGACGCCCACCACUCAGACGACGAGCACCUGAUGUCCGCCGAUCAGUCGGGGCCGGCUGCCGGCUUCCGGCGCUGCUCCUCGGGCCACCACAUCAGCCCGCCCAAGGUGCGCGGCAGCAGCGCGGUGGCGCAGCUGCCCGCGCUCUUCCAGCAGCAGCAGAUGCAGCAGCAGCAGCAGCAGCAGCAGCAGCAGCUGGCCGCCGCGCAGCACCACCAGCUCAUGAUGCAGCAGCACCAGCAGCAGCAACACGCGGCGGCGGCGGCGGCCGGCUUCAUGCACGGCUUCACCGGCCAGCAGCCCUUCCAGUAG